CAAAAGUUUUAUCUAACGGCAGAUGUAUUUGUUACUUCUAGUAAAAUUAACAAUACUACAUAAUUAUUUAUGUUUUAAAGUACUUGAAAUCUCUCUGAUUCAAAAAAAUGUAAGGUGCUGAAGAAGAAAUUCGAAAUCGGUAAUUGAGAGAAAUAAAAGUUAGAUUUGAAGUUCCUAGAAACUUCAUCCGAACUGAAUAAUCAACUAGCUCAAAAAUAAAGAUUGCUUAGCUUAAAAGACUGAAACGAGAUCAUUCUAUCAUUGUUAUAAAUAUUUAAAGGCGGAGAAUGUUUCGCCUACAAUGGAAAUGAAACUUCAUUAUUUUAAUGAGCAGCUGUAUAAUAUUGUAAAAGGAAGAAAAUCAAGUAUGUCAUGUAAUCUCAACAAAAAACGUUACUCAGGCAACUAUAGCAGUCCUUUAAAAUCGGAGAAAGGUCCUAGACAGAAGAUUUAUUUGUACGUUUCUCUCAUACUAUGCACUGGAGUAUUCAUCUAUUUCUAUUCAUACCCUCUAACUCAAAAAUGGAAUUUUAUCAGUCCAGAAAAUAAUAAAGAUCGGGCAAUAUCAUCAACUGAUCAGAAAAACUCUUAUUAUUCAAAGGAAGAGAAUAUAAAGCUAGCGGAUGCAAAAUUACGAGAGACAACAGCAGUUUCGCCAGCCCACUUGUUAACUAGUUCACAUAGGCCAAUUACAGUACCCCAUAAAGGGAAUUACUCUGAAUAUUUUAUUACAAGGGUUGAGCAAUUGAAUUCAACACAAGAAACAAAUAGCUUACCAAUUUCAAUACAACUGAUAUCCUCCAAUCCAGCUGUAUAUUCAGAAGCACCGCUUCAAAGAAUUUCUGUGAUAAACAGUUCAUCCACAGUUUCUUCUACAGCUAAGUACGAUUUAAAUACAAGUAGGAUAAACGGUUCUUCGAUAAAGGAAGAAGUAAGUUCUUCUGCGUCAAAAGAAAGUCUGUUGGUAGACGAAGAAGCACCAGUCCAAAAAGGAUUCUUGGUGUUUUCCGAAAAAUGUAGGAUUCCAGAUCUUGACCCGAUGCAUCCAAGUAUUCGACAUCUAGUGGAUUAUACUCCUCCGUUGAAUUGUUCGGAAGAUUAUGAACCUUUGACGAAAACAGAAGGUAAUCUACUGAUUUUGGAUGUAAAAGCUAUUGAAAAAUUUGUUAAGGACAACUACUCAUGUUGCUAUCAAACGGUUUUCAGAGAAAACGACGGUUCUACAGAUAAUGAUGUCGGGUGCGUAUUUAGUAAUUCCUUUACAUUUUAUUAUGUAACUUUUAAUAUUAUAGUUACGUACUACACGUAGCUACAGGAAGAGUGAAAGUGAAAUUUAUGUGGAUUUUAUAUCAAAAUUAAUUAGUUUAAUGUUUCAUACUUUUUAAUUAAGUAUGUGUUUUUCUCAGAAAUCAGUUCAGCCUCAUUUACAUUUAGAUCUGAAUAGAUUCAUAUUGUUGAGGAGGACAGGUAAGUUUUACUGCGACUAUUGAUAUUUUUAAAAAAUAACCUUUAUAACGAAUUUUUAAAAACAAUUAUAUUAAUAAGUGCUGUUAUUGUAGUAC